AUGGAAUACGAAAAGCUGGAAGCGGAACCGGAAGAAAGAACUUCAAUCUGUGGUAGACUAACGUUUGGCUUUUUAUCGAGUAUUAUCGAAACAGGAAACAAACGACCUCUAGAGGAGAACGACAUUCCUUCCCUAGAUGUUGAAAGCACCAAGUAUUUGGCUGAAAAACUGGAAUUAGAAUGGAAAAACGAAGUUGAAAUCGGUAGAGUCCGAAGUUCUAAACCUCGUUUGAGAAACGCAGUCCUAAGGGCCGUCGACAAAUACUUACUGUCUCUGAUUGUACUACUAGCAAUUUUAGAGACAUUAUGUACAAUGAUUCAGCCUGUCCUACUAAGCUUUCUCCUGGCUGAGAUGUCCUAUAGUUCCCCCGUUGAUGUGGGGAUGCUGCUUGUUUAUUCAACACCGCUCUGUGUAAGUUGUUUUAUUCAAGCGUUGGUUUCCCAUCAAGGUAGUUAUGCCAUGUUUCUGAUGGCAGUUCACGUUAAAGCCUCCUUGAUUGGCAUAGUUUACAAGAAGAUUCUGAACACGCGCCAUCAUAUUCUUGCCGAAAGAACUUCAGGGUAUUUGAUAAACUUGAUCUCUAAGGACAUGGUCCCGAUCCAUCAAGUUUUCUCUAACUUUAGAUCGCUUUCUGCUCCUCUGGAGAUACUUCUCGUUUUCUCUCUUUUGUGGAACUUAGUAGGCUGGCAAACAUUUGGAGGUGUGGUCUUUUCAAUAGCUCUCAUCUUCUUUCAAACGACUCUGGGAAACGUUUUCAAAAGUCUUCAGGACAAGGUCGCCAGGAUAACGGACAAGAGACUGCGUCUGAUACAUGACGUCAUUUCCGGUAUACGUGUACUAAAAAUGAAUGCUUGGGAAUGGUGCUUUCAUGAUUUGGUUUCCGAAGUUAGGAGAUUAGAGCUCAACAUUGUGUACAAGAAAGGAGUUAUUUUAGCUGGUUACCUCUCGGCGUAUUCCUGUUACCCAAUAGUGUCCAGUUUUGUCGCUUUGUUUCCGUUUCUCAUGGCUGGGAAUCAACUUACAGCUCAAAAUGUCUUCACUACUUUGGCUCUGCUGGGUGCGCUCCAAAAACCAGUCACUGUUCUGUUUUCGUAUGCGCUUCGCGCUCUUUUUCAAGCAUUUACAACACUUGAACGAGUAGAGUCGUUUCUUCUUGAUGAUGAUUGCGAUGCACCGUUGUCUUCCACUCAAAAAUGGAAUCCAUCACAAUCAAAGGACCCAACUGGCAUAAGCGAAACACAAUUAAACGAAUAUCAGUUUUCAGCGGUGGAACCAACUUUUCUGACGAAUCAUGUUUGUAAUAAAGGCAAGCCUUUCCUUUGUUUAAACAGAGUUAAAGCCCAUCCAAAGAGUGACUUUUUCAAUUUAAAUCUAUGCAUUUCCAAUUCUAAGUUGAUUGGAAUCACAGGUCCGGUGGGUUGCGGAAAAUCGACUCUUUUUGAUCUUAUCCUUGGCGAAAUACCAUCAGAUUAUGGUCAAAUUACUCAUCAGGGACAAAUUGCUUACGUUUGCCAAACACCUUGGGUGUUUUCGGGAACAAUCCGCGAAAACAUCAUUUUUGGAAAGGAGUUCAUCCAAGAUACUUUUGAAAAAGCUAUCGAGGCUUGUUCGCUGAAGGAAGAUCUGAAGUCUCUUUCCUGUGGUGAUCUGACUUAUGUCGGGGAACGCGGGGUAAGUUUGAGUGGCGGUCAGCGUGCACGGCUAAACUUGGCACGCGCAGUGUAUUCUGAUGCCGACAUUUAUCUUUUGGAUGAUCCACUUAGCUCUGUUGACGCAAAAGUGUCGAAUGAAAUCUUUCAGAGGUGUAUUUGUGGCACUUUGUCCGAUCGGAUCCGACUGUUAAUUACCCAUCAAGCUCGUUUUCUUGGAAAGACAGAUCUGGUUCUUUUGAUGGACAAGGAAAGCAAGUUGACUAAAGGUAUUUAUAGAGAGCUUAGUCAAUUGGAGGAAUUCUGUGAAAUUUCUGCAACAGUACCCUUUGCUAAAGCAAACGAAAGAGGCUUUUCUAGUAAUCUGGUGCCACACGGAGCUCCGAUGACAAAGACUGGUAACUCCUCUCGUUUGGAAAUCGAAGAAGAAGAUCGCCUGACUGGUUCCGUUUCUUAUAAAACUUACUGGAGGUACCUUGCAUACGGAGUGUCAAAGUUCUUCAUAAUGAUCUGGGGAGCUUUAGUAGUUUUACCUGAAGGAGCUGUUUUAGCUUCCAGCUUUUGGCUUGCAUAUUGGACAAAGCAAUCGUGGGAAGAUCAGCAGAAAGCUGACAACGCUUAUGUCUAUAUCUGUCUAGCGAGUGGCUGCUUCAUCUUCGCU